GCGGAGAAGCAACAAGCUACCGAACCAGAAGCAACAGCUAGCAGCCAGCAGCUAUCUCUGUCGGGGACGCGGCGUAUUGACAUGCAAAAGUUUAGAAACACGGAUUUCCUUGUCCUGAGCGCAGGCAAGAGCAACACUUGGUGAAACAGGAUACGGCUGUCGAAACCAUGGGUCAUGGCUGGUUUUCGUAAUAGCUAGUUAUUUACAUUAUUUGAAGCUUCAAAUGUGUGAAAAGUCGCUCGGUCUCUCGUCGUUGAACAAGAUGGCAGCAGCAGCAUCGAUGCAGGAUUUGACUGUGGUGCUGGUCCUCGUUGCUAGCCUGUUACUUCACGCUCUGGGUGAUAUUAUUUAAGGUAUGGCCUCACAAGUCUUGGUCUACCCAUCACACCUGCACUCAGCUCAAACAAGUGCCUUAAGAACCAGCCACAGUGGUACCAGCAGACACAAAGACGAAGCUUACCGCAGUAAUAACACCAGCAAAGCCUUUCAGCACAGAGCCCCGCCCAAGACCUAUGUGAUAGGAGUCAACUACGGUAUCGCCCAUCCCAACAACGUUAUCCCAUCGUCAACCGGUGCUGAUUUAGGAAGACUGCACAGUGGACUACAGCUUGGAGAGAGGGAGGAGUGGGUGUUGCAGACUGCAGGAUUACAGAGAGAGGAAGGCAGGGAGAGACAAGGAGAAGGUCCAGGUGGGGUCCAGGAGACUCUUUUCCGGAGUCCACAGGAAGUGAGGCUUCAUAGAGACAGUUGUGGAACUCCAUCAGAAGGAGUAUUGGACUGUGGGCUACUAAGGGGGCCAUAUUUUAGAGAAGACAAAGAAGAGGGCACAAACGGAAGAGUACACGCGAGGGGAGCAUACUUUGACCUUCGAGACACAGGUGCCAUCCAGAGAUGUGAACGGAAGGCAGGUAAAGGUGGAGAACAUCCGCUGGAGAACAACUGCGUCGGAACCAUGCAGAUAGUGGAGGAGGAGUCUGCUCUACCUUCACUUCCUCCCCCUGUGGCCAUGUUGCAAACCAGCACUGUGAACAAUGCAGAGACUGUCAGAGUAGGGGGUGGAGGGACAUUGCCUAGUCAUAACAGGGUUGAGGCAGUGACCGGGAUGGAUGGGACCAAAAUGAGGCCUAACGGCAGUACUGAGGCAGUGGCAGGAGCUACAGUGACCAGGACUGGAUCGGGAGAUGGUGACUAUCAGUUAGUUCAGCACGAGGUUCUGUGCUCCUUGAAGAACAGCUACGAGGUCUUGGAGUUUCUGGGUCGGGGCACCUUUGGUCAGGUGGUGAAGUGCUGGAAGAGAGGAACAAAUGAAGUGGUGGCUGUCAAAAUACUGAAGAACCACCCAUCCUAUGCACGUCAGGGACAGAUUGAGGUGGAGAUCCUGGCCCGGUUGAGCAGCGAGAAUGCAGAUGAGCACAAUGUGGUGCGUGCUCUGGAGUGUUUCCAGCAUCGCAGCCACACCUGCUUGGUGUUUGAGAUGCUGGAGCAAAACCUGUAUGACUUCCUUAAGCAGAACAAGUUCAGUCCACUGCCACUUAAAAUCAUCAGGCCUAUUCUGCAGCAGGUUGCAAUGGCCUUAAAGAAGCUGAAGUCUCUGGGUUUGAUCCAUGCUGACCUGAAGCCAGAGAACAUCAUGCUGGUGGACCCCUCCAGGCAACCCUACAGAGUCAAGGUCAUUGACUUUGGCUCAGCCAGCCAUGUCUCCAAGGCUGUAUGCUCCACCUAUCUGCAGUCCAGAUACUACAGGGCUCCAGAGAUUAUUUUAGGCCUGCCAUUUUGCGAGGCCAUAGACAUGUGGUCACUGGGCUGUGUGAUAGCUGAGCUCUUCUUGGGCUGGCCCCUCUACCCCGGAGCACUGGAGUACGACCAGAUCCGGUACAUCUCUCAGACUCAGGGCCUGCCUCCCGAGCAGCUGCUCAACAAGGGCACCAAGACCUCUCGUUUCUUCUCCAAAGAGUCUGACUCUCCCUACGCCUCCUGGAGACUAAAAACAACAGAAGAGCAUGAGAAAGAGACGGGACUUAAAUCCAAAGAGGCCAGAAAGUACAUCUUCAGCUGUCUGGAUGACAUAGCUCACGUGAACUUGGUGUUGAGUCCUGAUAACAGUGACAUGCAAGCAGAGAAGGUUGACAGGAGGGAGUUUGUCUCUCUGCUGAGGAGCAUGUUGCUGAUCGAUGCUGAAGACAGAACUGUUCCCUCCAGCGUCCUCAAUCACCCCUUCCUCACUAUGACUCAUCUGCUGGACUACCCACACAGUAACCAUGUGCAGUCAUCUUUCCGUAUCAUGGACAUGUGCCACAGUUGGCCCACCAAUGCAGUUUUUGAUGCUCUGAAUCAGAACACCAUUCAUUUCUCAAGACCUCCAGUAGCCCCCACUGCCUCCUCUGGCCUCCCUCUGGCUUACAGCAACAUACCAGUCCACACUCAGGCUAUAACCCAGUCAGCUUCUUCAGUGUUGCAUCCUGGGAUAGCUCUAGCAGCUGGGAAUGCUCAGUUUGGGUGCAGUGACUCAUUCCCACCUGCCCUUCUUCUCUGUCCUCCCACCAUGCAAGGUAACCUUAACCAAACAGCUGGGUUCCCUGUUCCCAUGGUAACUCAGGCCCCUCCAAUACAGCCCUUACCAGUGAGGCCUGGUGUAAUUGCUCAGGCCUGGUCUAGCCGGGGACAGCAGCUCCUCGUCCCAGCAGCUUGGCAGCAGAUGACUCCAGUGGGUCCUCCGCCCUCUCACCCCCCUCCGCCACCCCCAUCCUCCCUUACCAACGACACCACAGCCGGCCCACAGAGAAUCAGCGACUGGCGGAAAGUGCGUCCCCACAGUCACUACAAUUCACUGAUGCAACAGCCUCUCCUGACUAAUCAGAUGCCGGCCCUCUCUGCCCAUCAGCCAAUCAAUAUUGGCAUAGCUCAUGUUGUGUGGCCCCAGCCAGCCAAUAAAAGGAACAGACACAGCCACAGUAACAGGAACCUGUCCUUCCCCAGCAACGUUCACAUAUCAGCAUGUCGGACCCCCAAGAUGUUCGAUGUCGGACAGGCAGCGGCACAAAGGGAGCAGCCUCAGAGGGAGGUGCCUCUGAUGGAAACCAGGCAACAGGAAGUUCAAAACACAGAUGAAGAGGAAGAUGAUGCAGAGGAGGAAGUGAGCUGCUUCAAAGAGGUGGUGCCAAAUGGUAACAGCCAGCUGAACCUUUCCAGUCAACAACAGCGAGAUGUGGCAGUUCUGAUGGGCGACACACCAAGCCCUGCUGCUAGCGUGAUCAGCAUCCACAGUGAACUGACCGACGGAGAGGACGAGGGGGAAGAUGAAGACCCUCAGACAUGCCGCCUGAGCGAGUGUAAAGACGAGUGUGUGUGUGAGGCUUGCAGACACACCAGUGUGUCUAUGGAGAGAGUGUGUUCCCUCAGCAGCCCCGACAGCAGCCUCAGCACCAGUUCUUUUGCCUCCAACUCACUUCAGUCAAGCCCCUCUGUCUCUCCGUGCAAGAGACCCAACAGCAUGUCCGAGGACGACGGCCACGAGAGCGGCUGUGACACAGUAGAGGGUUCCCCCACGUCCGACACAUCAACCUCCCCACGUGGUAACAGUACCUACCGUUUCCUUGACAACAGUAAUCACAACAACCGCCCACCUUUGGCUGCCAUGGUAGCACCACUGCCUUCCCCUGCAGUGCAGGGCAGGAGUCCCCGUGGUGUCAGGACAAUGGUGGUUCCACCAAUGAGAGUGCAGAACAACAACACUCAAGGGACAGAGGAGCGUGUCCAGAGAACAGUCUCAGAGUCCUGGUCCCGGUCCAAAGGACGCUGCAACUUCGUAGGACAACAGAGCACUCCCUCAUCCGUCCCCCUCUUCCCAUCCGCCCCCCUCCUGUCCCGGCAGCAAAAGGUGACGGGACAGCAGCAGCACCCUCUGGGCUUUGGACAGGUACAGCCGUACGGCUCAAACCACAGCAACAAAGAGUGGAACGGCAACUAUGGGCCGCUGCGACCGCACGCCUACAUCCCCCCUACUGUCCACACACACACCUUCACACACCUGCCGCACAGCAGCCCCACGCACACUUCGGCCGGCCCGCACACUCACAGCCAAGGCCUGCCCACACACACCCUGCUGUCCUACCCUCCCAGUGGCCCCCUCACCGCCGCUCACCACCCCCACACCAUCCUGCCCUCUCGCCCUCCUCCUCCCCCUCUCCUCCAGCACAGCUACAGUCUCUCCCACCCCCAGGGAGGCACUAUAGUUCACCAGGUUACCCUGGGCAUCAGCACCCACCCCCACCACCCUGGACACCCCGCUCCCCAUCCUCACAGGCUCCUUCCUUCCCCGACCAUCCACCCACAUCACCAGCCUGGCUAUGCCCACCACCCCCACCAGUUCAAGCCUCCCUUCCCCCCUCCUCACCCUUACAUGGCCUCCCCGGCCGCCUACACAGGCUUCCCUCUGAGCCCCACGAAGCUCAGCCACCACCCCCAGUUCUCUUAUAUCUGAGGAGCAGGGCGGGGCCGCAGCAGUACCUUCUUGUGAGGAGGGGCAACAGGAAAUGGACUGGGGCUGCGACCUGGGCAGGUAGAGCUAGCAGCAGAGCACAAAACGGACACUUAUGAUGAGGAAGAAGAAAAUAUGGUUAACAAGCGGAUGAUGGAUAAAAAUGUAACAUGGGGGGUGGAUAAAGAAGAGUAACAGUGCUGAAGAUGAUGUUUUAUGGUGACACAGCCUCUGUAAUCUGGAGGUCGGUGAUCAUAUUUGAUUGUCAGAGCAACUUCAACUCUGGAAAACCUCCUGCGAAAUCAUGGCAGCCAACGGAGGAAACAGUGAUUGAUUAAACUGCAAAGCUUUAUAAGAGAGCAUCACAAAAGUGAAUGAAUUCACAUAUGAUGACAUGGACAUUUUAAUUAAGAAUGUGUCCUUUGCACAUUACCUCCUGUCAUUUGUUGUUUGAGUAGUGUUAAGAGAAUAGGAUCCAAUUACAGGCUGGAAAUCAUUUGUUGUAAUCGCUGUCAGGCCCAUCAGCCUUCCCCCUUCCCUUUAUCUUUGUUGCCUUGUAGCAUGUGCUAGCCGGUCAGAUCUGUUUGUUAAGCCAUCCAAGUCUGUAUUAACCAGGAUUGAAUGCUCCUGUCAUCGUUUGAGGCAGACUUUACUGCUGCCGUCUCCUAGUGCCUUAAAACCAGAGUCUAUGACGUUACUUCAGGAGCUUAUAGAUUGUACAUUUAAAUGGGUUUGCAGCACUUAACCUUCAGACUCUGAACACGAUGGGCUUAUUGGAUAUAUAUGAGGAUAAUGCUUGUGGUUAUGUUUUAAUAUUGGCAAAUGUUGGACUUCAGUUUGCUUUGUGACUCAGAGUAUUGAUUUACUUUAGCUAGAGGCUGCACAUUUAGGGCUUUGACUGAAUGAGCUUUUUAUGUACAUAAAGAGUGAUUUGAUAUUUUGAUAAUCGAUUUCUAUUCACUAUAGUACUUAAUUCAUAACAGUAUUGUCACUGUUUACUGUAACUGCAAUACAAUCUAGAUAGCCUCUGGGUUGCUGUGUUUUUAUUUAGCGUUUAGGCUGGACUUGCAUUAAUGCAUUUUAUGUUUUAGUUUUUUGGGAGUGGCAUAGACUUAAAAAAAAAAAAGUGUUUUAUGUUUUUACUUUUAAAUGCUUCUCAGUGUUUGAAAUAACCUAUAAACUUACAGUAUCACUGCUGGGCUGUUGAGUGUUAGAUCUGUAUCGGUAAUUGUUUCAAAUAUUUGUGUGAGGCAAAACUUUUGUCCAUGUAUUGAAGCCUGUUGUCAGUUUUGAUACAUUCCUUCAGGGUGGAUGCAUAGCCUUGAUUUUGUGUUUUUGAUUUCCAGUGUGUAGUAGAGCUGUGUAUUUACCUGUCAUAUCAGCUGGUAUUUUUACUCCAAUCAGCACCAAAGACUGUUCAUUAAUCAUUUCUGAAGCAUGGUCGAUACAAUUUCUCCUUUCACCUCCAGCAUACUGUUGCAGUUACUACCAUUGGAAUAUAUUGUGAGAUCUCUAUUUUAAAAAUGAGGUUGAGGUUUUAUUUUUCUGAGCUAUGUUUGGCAAAUUGUAUUUGGAAUGUAUAGAUAAUAAGCUGCUAUGUACUGAUUAUCUGCCACUUCGUAGCUGUGAAUUUAGAGGAUUAAUCUCAUUCUAGCCUGCAUUCUCCCUCUCUUGUAUUGUAGUUCUGAAAACUAGAGACAAUAGAAGUGGGUUCUAUUUUGGAGUAUAUUGAAUGCUAUUCCUAUAUGCUAGUGCCUCUGUAUAUUGGCUUUGUUGUUUUGAAGUGAUUGUAAACUGCUGUAAUGGAAGUUAUGAGUUUUCUCUUUAUUUAGUUAUUCUGUUGCUUUUUGGUGUGUGUGUGUGUGUGUGUGUGUGUGUUUUUGUGCGUGUGCAUUUAGCAUCAGUAUUUGAAAUGUAGGCUGGGUUCACUCUUGGAUUCUGUAACCAGUGUGGUGUUAAUGUAUUAUCGUUUUUCUUCUGAUGACAUGGCUUUUAUUUCCGUUAUUGGACUGUAUUUGCAACUCUCCGUACUGUACAACUAGUGCCUUUCUUCAAACAAGUGGCUGACAGAUGACGUCUUGCAUUGAUAUCAAAGCAGUCUGAAAAUUUGUAGACUAUUUCCUUCUAAGGGGAUCAGCUCACAAAACCCCAAAGUUGUUUGUUUGACUAAGAUGAGGUCUAAAAACAAUCUUUUUUACAGAAUCCUAAGAAAGUACAAGUCAGGGACUUAUUGCGCUCACCAAGAACACCGUGCAGUACUCAAAAACAUAGGGCCUGAAUAAACACAAAUACAAAGCUUUAUUCUCAACGUGAAUGUAUUUGUGGAACUCGAGACAUCUGUUUUUGGUUUGCAAAUGAGUUAUUUGUUGCAUUUCUGAUGGCUACACAGCGUUUGCUCUCAUUUUGUGAUGGGAUGUUGAUAGAUCUUGUAUGCAGCUAUUACCAUAGGUUGUGUUUCAGGGUUUCUUCAAAAUGCUUUAUCUCUCAAUCAUACUCAACAUUUAGGUUCAAAGUUGUCCCAUCCUCAACUAUGGCAGCAUAUUGCCAAUGUGACCAAAAAAAAAUUUGCUAACUUUCUUGUUUCUGAGUUUUCACAAGAUCCUUUUCACGUUCUAACAAGAGAUUUUUCAUGUUAUGACGUCUUUUCCCAUUAAUUCUAGAGACUUCUGUUUUUAAGAGAUGUUUAUUGAUAUAACAAACAUUUCUUGUAAAAAAAAAAUUAAUUAAUUAAUUAAUUGUUAUCUAGUAAUGCGAAAUAAUGUCAUAGUAACAUGUACAAUGUCUUACUGUAACAUGAAACUGAGCAAAUAUUUUUUGCAGGACACCCCUACUUAAUGUAUUACAUUGUAAUGGUUUUACUACAUUGCUUGUAAUGGGUGUAUUUUGUGUACUCGUCUAAUAUGCUACUGUGUUGACGGUCCUUAGACAAAAGAGAGGAUGCACUGUUCAACGUGGUGUGCAGCCUAAAAUUAGAACCGAUAGGUGUGUCACGGCACACUCAUCUGUACUUUACUUAAAGGAAAAUGUUGUUUUCAUCCUGUGGUGUGCAGCCUCUCAUCUGUCAUCAUAUGUCUAUUCUUUCCGUCAGCUCAGCACUUGUGACGAGAUGAACACAUGUCCCACCUCAGUGAGUCCCAUGCCCUAAUCCCCCACCACUUUGGGUUGAUUGCUUAGGAUAGAUAAUCCCACCUCCCUGCAGCCUUAAUGCUGACAGUUGCAUCAUCAAAGUCACACGUGGGUCACAGUCCUACAGUCAAAGCUCAACAAGCACAUGGCGCUCAGCAGCCUUAAGUAUAAAUAAAAGCAGGGAAAUUCAUCUUAUUGUCCCUCUUAACAAAAAAAUGGAUAUGGCAAAUAGAGAGAGAUUUGGCUGUAGUCUAUCUUUCAGAAAUGAAGGUUUUGGUCCCUGUGGGCCUUCAAUUCUUGGGACCUCAUGACAAAACUGCCAACUCAACAAACACGAGUGUGACCAUCUCAUUUGGGUACUGGGCUGAAAAAAGAAAUAUUUGACUUCUAAGACACAUUUUACGUAGAUUUUGUACCACAACUAUCUAAUUAUCGGGUUGACAUUUAUUGUAUUUAGACACAAAUAUGUAGACAUGAUUGCUAAAUUGAAACUGUUACUGUUCUAAAUAUGUGUAGACAUGUGUGGCUUUAUUAUUUUAUUGUAUUUCCUUGAUUCUUUUUUUUGCUACACUAGUUUGACAUGUAGCAACUGCACUGUGCAAUAUACAACAAUAUGAGGACUGGGAAAAUGAUUAUGUUUGGAUGUAUUCAUGUGUGUCUUAACAGUUUGCGGUCGUUCCCACCCCCUAGUUCUCAGUGAGUUUCAAUGUGACCAAGCCCUAUGUACUUUGUCACAAAAAGCGGGUUCCUUCUUGGUGACUCUUAUUGGUAAGUGUCAAAUUAUGAAUUGAUGGUGUACUAUGUCAAGAUUAACUUUGAAUUAAAAAAAAAUCUUUUUGCUUCA